ACACCACACCCGGGAGGACUCUGCUCUGCUCCUGCCUCUGCAGCUCACCUCUGUCCAUGAUGACUGCCGUAGCUGUGUCCCUCUCCAUCCUCCUGGUUGCUGCCCUCUUCCCUCAAGCCUCUUCAUCUCCGUGUGAGUACAGCAUCUCUCACUGCUCCUCUCUGCUCUCCUGGGGUGGGGGGUUUUCACUAUGGCAGGCAGUCAUAUUGAAGCAGAGAUGGAAAAGGCAAGUUUCAAAGUUGGGGCUGAUACAACCGUGUGCUGCUUCAACUAUAGUGUACGGAAGCUGCCCCAGAAUCAUGUGAAGGAUUAUUUCUACACCAGCAGCAAAUGCCCACAGGCAGCAGUUGUGUUCAUCACCAGGAAGGGGCGGCAGGUCUGCGCAAACCCUGACGCCCGGUGGGUGAAGGAAUACAUCAACUUCCUGGAGCUGCAGUGAGCGCUGGGACCUGAGGUGUCUGCCCUGGAGAGCCCUGCGAGUCCAUGCAGCAAAGUCAUGGUGUGGACCUAGAAACCCCACUGCUGAGCACCAGGGCCAACAGACACCCCGGGGCCCCUGAGCUUCCUUUUGUCUUGCAACAGCAUCAUCUAUACUAUACAGUUUAGCCACUCUACCAUGCAGCUGCAAUGCUGGGGAUGCACCUCUUGGCCUUGCAGAUCUGCUUGGUGCAGGCUGUUGUGCAAAUGCUGUCCUCUCCUGUGCCUCUGCUGCUGGAGCGGGAGGGGAUCUUACCCUAAGAGCCACCUGUGGGAAGCAGUCUGUCAAAAUGAGGUGUGAGUGCUGUCACGUAAUGCAGGCUGACCUCCAGGCCAACUGGCUGCGUCUCACCGUGCUGCAGGAGCUGUGAAUCAGAUGCUGUGAAGGAGAUCCUUCCCUAAGGGAGGAAAGUACACUGGAUAUUUAUGGGAUGCUCAUUCUGGAACCACACGUGUGCUCAAAACGCUGUGUCUUGCUGGUCCCAAAGAAUAAAGGUUUCUAUCUCUGUGUCUAA